AUGGCUUUAAGAAAGAAAAAUAGUCUUUUAAAUAUGGCUAAUUCAUAUGUUUUAGAUUCACCUCAACCAAGUAAUUUAAAUUACUUUUGAAAUUUUGGAUCUCUAUUAGCAUUAUGUUUAGUAAUACAAUUAGCAACAGGUAUUACAUUAGCAAUGCAUUAUACAUCACAUGCUAGUCUUGCUUUUGACUCAGUGGAGCAUAUUAUGAGAGAUGUUAAUUUUGGAUGAUUCAUUAGAUAUGCUCAUGCAAAUACAGCUUCAUUCUUCUUUAUAUGUAUAUAUGCUCACAUGGGUAGAAAUAUUUACUAUGGUUCAUAUAAAACACCUAGAGUUUUACCUUGAUCAAUAGGAGUAAUAAUCUUCUUAUUAUUAAUCAUAACAGCUUUCAUGGGUUAUGUAUUAGUAUUUGGUCAAAUGUCUUUAUGAGGUAAAUAUAUAGCCUCAAAUGUAUUUAUAUUGAUGUUAAUUUUAAACGUUAAUUUAUUAUAUAUAAUAUAUGAUAUUAUAUAUAAUACAAUCUUAAACCUUUUUAAAUUAUAUAUAAAAAAAUCAACAAAUAAUUUAAUUCUCAAUCAUGAACCUAUAUUAUAUAGAAAAGAUGUAACUAAUUACAUCGGACCAUUAAAUAGUGAUAUUAUUAGUAUAAUAUAUGGUACACUAUUAGGAGAUGGUAAUGCUGAAAAAAGAACAGUAGUUGGUGGUACUAGAAUAAAUAUAUAUCAAGAAGGUUCACAUAAAAGUUAUUUAUUAUAUUUACAUUCUUUAUUUGCUAAUUUAGGUUAUUGUAAUACUAAAAUACCUAAUAUCACAACUAGAUUAGGUAAUAAAGGGAAAAUUAGAAAAAUAAUAAGAUUUUCAACAUGAUCUUAUCAUUCUUUUAAUUUUAUAUACCAAGCUUGAUAUAUUAAAACUAAUAAAGGUUUUAUUAAAAUAUUACCUAAAAAUAUAGAAUAUUUUUUAAAUCCAUUAUCUAUGGCAAUAUGAAUUAUGGAUGAUGGUAAAAAAGUAGGUGAGGGUCUAAAAAUCGCAACUAAUAAUUUUACAUCUGAAGAAGUAAAUAUAUUAGUUUCUAUAAUAACUAGAAAAUUUAAUCUUAAAUGUGUUAAACAAUCUAGUGGUAGUAAAAAUCAAUAUAUAAUUUAUUUUUGAAAAGAAUCAAUACCAGAUUUAUGAAAUUUAGUUAAGGAUCAUAUAGAACCUUCAAUGAAAUAUAAAUUUGGAGAUGUUAUUUCUAAUAUAUAA